GAGAGAGAGAGAGAGAGAGAGAGAGAGAGAGAGAGAUUAAAGCCAGUGCAGGCAUGAUGUCCUACAUUAAGCAGCCUCAUUACGCAGUGAACGGGUUAACGCUGUCCGGCCCGGGCAUGGACCUGCUCCACACCGUCGGCUACCAGAACACACCCCGGAAGCAGCGGCGUGAGAGGACCACAUUCACACGUGCGCAGCUCGACGUGCUCGAGGCCCUGUUUGCUAAAACACGUUAUCCCGACAUCUUCAUGCGCGAGGAGGUGGCGUUAAAAAUCAACCUGCCCGAGUCUAGAGUUCAGGUUUGGUUCAAAAACCGUCGGGCUAAGUGUCGACAGCAGCAGCAACAGAGCAGCGGACAGCCGAAACCUCGACCUCCAAAAAAGAAAACAUCCCCUGCCCGAGAGACGACCUCUGACACUGCUAAUGCUAAUGUUACUGCUAAUGCAUCCUACAGUCCAGUGGCUCCAGCACCACCAGCCCCACCUACAGCCAUCACUCCAAGUUCAACUUGCACAAAUGCUAACGCGAGUGUCUCCAUCUGGAGCCCUGCGUCCGUCUCACCAUUGGCUGAUCCACUUUGCGUGUCGAGUAAAACAGCAUAUGCAAUGACUUAUGCUCAGACUCCAGCCUAUGCUCCGGCCUACGCAACCUCCUCGUCUUAUUUUACCGGCCUAGAUUGCAGCUCGUACCUCUCCCCAAUGCACGCACCACUCUCAGCCACUGGGAGUGGACCCCUUAGCCCUAUAGGCUCUUCUUCAUCCAUGGCUCUGGGCCAAUCACAGGUCUCACAAGGUUAUGGCCCUGCCUCCCUCGGUUUUAGCACCAUAGAUUGUCUGGACUACAAUAAAGACCAAACAGCUUGGAAGCUCAACUUUGGUGCAGCUGAUUGCCUGGACUACAAGGACCAAAAUUCCUGGAAGUUCCAGGUGUUGUAGGCAGGGGGCGCAGUCAAGGAGGGAAUUUUGGACAAAAGCUAAAAUUGUUUCUAAUUGUGUCUUCAAUUCCAUGUAAUUUCAUGAUUUCCUGUUUUCCUUCACAUUGUAAAACAGCCAAUGACAUAAACAGGCGUUGAAUUUAAGUGAAGUAUGAACGUAUACAACACAAAGUGUUUGAACUAAAAUUGUGCAAGGUGAGGCAUCAGAUAUGCUAAUUCAAAAUAUUCUGACCAGAGUUCAGCUUUGUGGAUGAAUAAAUAAAACAUAUUAAGCUUAAACACA